AUGAACAACCAGCUUGGACAGUACUAUCUCCGGUACCUUAGACACCAUUCAACCAGAGCCAGUCCGGUCACGAUACAAUGGCUCCUGCAAAACUUUGAGAUGGCGGAGGGUGUUAGUCUGCCGAGAAGCGCUCUGUACUCACAUUACCUCAACCACUACAUGGAAUUCUGGCUUGAGCCUGUGAAUGCGGCCUCCUUCGGAAAGCUCAUCCGAUCUGUCUUUGUCGGGCUGAGGACACGUCGUCUUGCAACACGGGACAAUUCAAAGUACCACUACUACGGCAUUCGGAUCAAGCACACAUCUAGCCUGAACACGAUCAAACUGAAUCGUCAGAUGCCGUGGAUUCCAAAAACUACGGAUUUCGGUGUUACCAGUUCGCGGGUCGUGGCCGAAAUACCAACUGCG